AAGUAGCGAGACGAAAUUCUUGAGUAUGACGAACCAUCGAGAGUAAAACACAUAACUGAUAAAAGUUUAAUCAAUAGUAAGGACAACAGUUAUUCAGAUAUCGUGAGAUGCGGUCGGGUGUGAUGUAGGUGUCAGAAAAACAUUUUCUUUAUCGUGCCAACGUUGCGAUCUUUUAUUGAGAUCAUCUUCAGGUAGGACAACGAUUCGCCACAUGAUGUCGUUUGGCUAUCCUGUGAACGUCUGAGUACUCUGAGUGAAACCUCUCCCAAAGGUUUCAUCUUGUAAUUAUUUACCUCGUGUACUUUUUAUUUGAAACUUCUUUAAAAAUGAGUGAAGAUAAACCUCAAGUUGAGGAGGCGAAGGAGGCACCUGACAAAACUUUUAAAGAUUUAGGUGUUGUUGAUGUGUUAUGCGAAGCUUGUGACUCUUUGAAUUGGAAAAAGCCCACGAAAAUACAAAGAGAAGCAAUACCAAUAGCCUUAGAAGGAAAAGAUGUCAUAGGACUAGCAGAGACAGGCUCUGGAAAAACUGCCGCAUUCGCCAUACCAAUCCUUCAAUCGCUUUUAGACAAUCCUCAGAGGUAUUUUGCGCUUGUACUGACACCUACUCGAGAACUUGCCUACCAGAUUGCCGAGCAGUUUGAAGCACUUGGUGCAAGCAUAGGUGUGAAGAGUGCCGUAAUAGUCGGUGGUUUAGAUAUGAUGUCACAGGCUUUAACCUUAGCGAAAAAGCCCCACAUCAUAAUUGCCACACCAGGGCGGUUAGUUGAUCAUUUGGAAAAUACAAAAGGAUUUAAUUUGAAGGCUUUAAAAUUUUUGGUCAUGGAUGAAGCUGACAGAAUCUUGAAUAUGGAUUUUGAAGUGGAAGUGGACAAGAUUUUGAAAGUUAUACCACGUGAUAGAAGGACAUUCUUGUUUUCAGCUACAAUGACAAAAAAGGUGCAGAAAUUGCAAAGGGCGUCAUUGAAAAAUCCCGUCAAAGUUGAAGUUUCAACAAAAUAUAAAACAGUAGAUCAGCUUCAACAGUAUUACAUUUUCAUUCCUGUAAAAUACAAGGAUGUGUACUUAGUACAUUUAGUAAACGAACUAGCAGGAAAUUCAAUCAUGAUAUUUUGUUCAACGUGUCAUGGAACACUCAAAAUGGCAUUGUUGCUACGAAAUCUUGGGGUUUCAGCUAUCCCAUUGAACGGCCAAAUGUCACAAAACAAGCGUUUAGCUGCUUUAACUAAAUUUAAAGCUAAGAGCAGAUCUGUUUUAAUUUCAACAGAUGUCGCUAGUAGGGGUCUGGACAUCCCACAUGUAGAUGUCGUGAUCAACUUUGAUAUUCCGACUCACAGCAAAGAUUACAUUCAUCGAGUAGGAAGAACAGCAAGAGCUGGAAGAUCGGGAAGAGCUAUAACAUUUGUAACACAGUACGAUGUUGAGCUAUAUCAAAGAAUAGAACAGCUGAUAGGAAAGAAACUCCCUCUUUAUGAUAUCCGAGAUGAAGAAGUCAUGUGCUUGGAAGAAAGAGUAGCCGAAGCAAAACGAACAGCAAACGGGCAAGCGAAGGAUUUAAUGGAACUCAAAACAUCAAAGAGAAAACACGGUGUGGACAAAAGCAUGGAAGAUGACACUGAAACAUCAUUAGGAAUUAGAAAACGAUUAUACAAAAAUCAAAACAAAAAAAAGAAAUUUACUAAAAGAAAAUGAUAGGUAAUGCUUUAUUUACUGUUGUUCAGCAAAUACUCUUUUUAAGUUGUAAAUCAUCAGUUAUUAAGUUUAUUUGUAAAUUUAAUGGUUUUUGUAAUUUCUAUUUACUUAUUUCAGAAGACUUCCAAUAUAUUGUAAAAAUAAAAUUUAUUUUUUAUCUUA